GGGAGGUGAAUCUACUAUUCUGACUGGAGCUUCAUUUUAGAGUGACCCUCUGGGACUUGACUCUGCCUCCAGGUUGACAACAUUCAAAUCUUCCUCCACCCAAGCCAGAGACGCUUCCACUUUUCAGUCACCAUGCUUUCCUGUCUUUAGACACCUACUAUGUGAAUGAAGGACACACCUGUGGCUGGGUAAGACCAACAGCCUUCAUUUCACCCUAAAGGAGAGAGUGACAGGGAGGAUGGUGGAUUUCCCAGGGUAUAGUCUAUCUGGUUUGGCUGCCUCCUUCCUCUUCGUCCUGCUGACUAUAAAGCACCCAGAUGACUUCAGAGUGGUUGGUCCUGCCCUCCCUAUCCUGGCCAAAGUCGGGGAAGAUGCCCUGCUCAGGUGUCAGCUCCUCCCCAAGAGGACAGUGGCACACAUGGAGGUGAGGUGGUACCAUUCAGACCCUGACACGCCUGUGAUUGUGUACCGGGAUGGAGCUGAGGUGACUGGGCUACCUAUGGAGGAGUAUGAAGGCCGGGCAGAGUGGACAGAGGACAGCACUGAAGAAGGGAGUGUGGCUCUGAAGAUUCACCAGGUCCAGCCAGGCGAUGACGGCCAGUACUGGUGCCGCUUCCAGGAGGGGGACUACUGGAGAGAGGCAAGCGUGCUACUCCAAGUGACUGCUCUAGGAUCUUCCCCAAACAUCCAUGUGGAGGGACCCGAAGAAGGAGAGGUCCAGCUCGUGUGCACGUCCCGAGGCUGGUUCCCUGAGCCUGAAGUCUAUUGGGAGGACAUCUGGGGAGAAAAGUUGAUGAGUUUCUCUGAGAAUCAUGUGCAGGGUGAAGAUGGUCUGUUCUAUGUGGAGGACACACUGGUGGUCAGGAAUGACAGUGUAGAGACCAUUUCCUGCUUCAUCUACAACCGUGACCUCAGAGAGCCCCAGGAGGCCACCAUUGCUCUGCCAGAGAAACUCCAGACAGAGCUGGCUUCCUCUAGUGUAAUCGGACCUUCCCAGCCCAUCCCUGUUCGAGUUGGGGAGGACAUAGAAUUAACUUGUCACCUCUCACCUCAAACGGAUGCUCAGAACUUGGAAGUGAGGUGGCUCCGAUCCCGCUAUUACCCAGCAGUCCACGUGUAUGCGAAUGGGGCCCAUGAGGCUGGAGAGCAGAUGGCGGAAUACAGAGGGAGGACUUCGCUGGUGACUGACGCCAUCCACGAGGGAAAACUGACCCUGCAGAUCCACAACGCCAGAACUUCGGAUGAGGGGCAGUACCGGUGCCUUUUUGGAAAAGAUGGUUUCUACCAGGAGGCCCGUGUGGAUGUGCAGGUGAUGGCGGUGGGUUCCUCACCACGAAUCACCCGGGAGGUCCUGAAGGAUGGAGGCAUCCAGCUGAGAUGUACGUCCGAUGGGUGGUUCCCACGGCCCCACGUGCAGUGGAGGGACAGAGACAGGAGGAUGGUGUCAUCAUUUUCCGAUGCCUUUCGGCAAGGGACCCAGAAGCUGUUUCAGGUGGAGUCACUCCUUCUGGUCACAAAUGGCGCCCUGGUGGAUGUGACCUGCUCCAUCAGCCUCCCUCUGGGCGAGGAGAAAACGGCCCGUUUUCCUCUCUCAGACUCCAAGAUAGCUUUGUUAUGGGUGACCCUGCCUGCCGUGGUGCUGCCUCUCGCCAUGGCUAUCGACCUGAUCAAGGUGAAAGGGCGGCGGACGAAAGAACAAAAAUACAAUGGCAAUCGGGAAAAUGACAAGAACAACGAAAGCCACAGGCGAGGGCUUCCCUCUGAUGAGAGGCUUGGAUAAAAGCACCCCACAAGCUCAAAGCACCCCACUUCCUGAACACCCUAUCCUUUCUCCCAUCUUUCCCAUCAGUGAGCAGCAUGAGGCUGACAUAGGAGUGGUUUCACCUGCUGCUGUCCAAAGGUUACUCAUGGACCCAAUCCAUUCCUGAUGGAGCUGUCACUCACAGCUGAGGACACCUUGACCUGAGCCAACCCACAUAAUCUGAGUCCCACCCUCACGGUGAUGGCGUCUUCUCUCCCUUUGCCUCUUCUGUUGUCCCUCAGCCUAGGGACCAUCUCUUGCCUGUGCACAGAAGCUUUAUCUCAUUACAUUCUAAACCCACCAUGAGGAUGUAAGAACUUCAACCUGGAGAGAAAUGUCACUCAUCUGAGACCAGGAUGAGUUUUUCUAGAAAUGCCCAAUCCAGUGGCACAGAGCAGAUGGGAAGAGGGGGUUUCUUUCCUCUUUCCUCACGAGAAAGAACUAACUUUGAUUCACGGUUACAGAACACCUGACACACUACAGGUCAGACCAGGGGUCAUAGAAAUAACUAAGGGGUUAAAAGCACUUGCUGUUCUUGAAGGGGACCUGAGUUCCGUUCCCGGCACCCAUACGGCAGGUCACACCCAUCUAUAACUCCAGUUCUAGGGGAUCUGAUGCCCUUUGCUAGCCUCUGAGGGCACCGGACACACACCUGGUACACAGACAUACAGGUAGGCCAAACAUCCAUACAUAUGAAAUAAAAAUAACUUUUAAAAAGAAUU